UGGAGAGUUUAUCUAAAAUAUGGAAGCAACUUCAAAAGAUGUUCUGUAAAGAAGAUGGCUCUCGUCUUAAUAAUCUAGAUGAAACAUUUACUAGUUUCUGCAGGACUCCGUCACACAUAGCAGUUAUCUCUGGCGAUAUCGAAUUCGCAACAAAAAUUCUAGCUAUGAGACCUGAUCUUGCAUUGAAACAAGACUCGAAUGGAUUUACUCCACUUCACCUUGCUUCUGUGAGAAGGAGUCUUCCAAUGGUGAGAUUAUUGCUAGAGAACAAACCUGCAGGUGCUAGUAUACUUCAAGAUGAAGAUGGAAGAACACCUCUACAUCUAGCAGCUAUGAAAAAUAGAGUGGAUAUCAUGAAACUACUAUUGGAAGAAGGACUACCCGAAGCAAUUCACCUAAAGAAUCAUAAUACUGGUGAGACCAUACUACACUGUUGUGUAACAAGUGAUAGUAGUAUUAAGACCCUAGAGCUAUUAGUAAACCAGGUUGUACAUGCGCCACUUUCAGAGGAAAAUCCAAAUCUUAUAUCUAUCAACUCCACGGACAACAGUGGCAACACCAUCUUGCACCUUGCUACAAAAAUGGGGAAUAUGAAGAUUACAAAUUAUUUACUGCUGAAUGAUAAUGUAAAAAUUAAUAUAAAGGUGGUAAACGAGAACCGCCUCAAAGCCUUGGAUAUGUUACCGCAAGCUAAAGGGAAUGACCUAAAAUUCGGGUUUUAUAGUUAUUAUGUACACCAUGAGACGCAUAAGAGUAAAGCUUUGUCUGAAAACGGUGUUCAUGAAGGGCUGAAAGACAGGGUCAAUGCAAUAAUGGUGGUGGCAACGUUGGUAGCAGGAAUCGCAUUUCAAGCUGCAAUGAACCCUCCAUGCGGGGUUUGGCAAGAUGAUUCUAAAGUUAACUCUAAUACCGACCCCGUUACUUUUGCUUAUUAUCUGGAGUCAAGAUAUGGCUCCUCCUUGUCUGAUGGUUUCGAUAAGUUCUUUGAUGAAAACGUGCCAGAUCGCGCAUACAGUGAUGAACAAUAUGAUGGCCUUUACAAUCUUGUGAAUGGUCUCAUGGAAUUGCAGGGUGGUGACGAUUAUUACGAUAUGACAGCGGACGGUUUAAUUCUGGAUGAUUCGGCGUUUACCAAAGUUGUUUCAAACUACAGCAACAGUUGGAAUAGUAGUAAUGGUGUUUUUUUCCCUUAUCUAAUACGGUACGCUGGAUACCCUAUAUUGGCUUACAAAUACCCAACAGAAUACGUGUAUUACAUGAUCACUAAUGGGGUUGCGUUUCUUGUGUCUCUGACUAUAAUAUUUUUGGUCAUAUGUGGGUUUAUGAACGGAACAUCUGUUACUCAAGUUCGUAUUCUGGUCGUGUUGAUGUGUAUUCCAAUCGGAUGUAUCGCCUUCGGUUAUAUGUCAAUAAUAGAAGCUAUGGUACCUGACUUUUAUACUCAAGCAGUUUGUGUAUGUUGUACUCCAAAUAUUUCUUGGAGUCUGGUGCUUACUGGGAGUACUUUGGUUCUUCGUUUGGGCUGCAUGGAAGAUAUAUAUUAAAGCUGCGAAAGAAAACGAGAGACCACCAUAUUGGAUUUAUUAAUUACCUUAAAGCGCUCUUCUUCAGCAUGGAUGAAAAGACGGUAGGAAAACUUGUUUUGUUCAUUGUUUGUUAAAUAAUUCUAUUCAACCCACUGCUUAAACCCACCUUCAAACCCACUGCUGAUGUGGUGCUGAGGUGGCUUGACUUUACUGUUUUCUUGGUUUUUCUCUUUCCGCCAACGUGUUUAAUCAUUUCAUUUUCUUUUUCUUUUUCUUUUUUCCUCCUUCUUCGUCUCGCCCUGGUUCUGGCCUAAAAACCAAGUAACAAGAAAUCUUCAAUCAUCAGAUCCAUAGAAAAAUGUGUUUAGUUCCUGAAAAAAUGGUUUUCGCCUUUGUAAUAGUGUUUUCGGAUUUUUAUCAUUUUCUCUGCUGCUCUCUCUCUCUCUCCAAUUCAACUCUAGAAAACCCCAAAUCAGUAGGGUUUUUAUAUUUCAAACUAAUCUCAAUUGGAAACCACAUGUUAAUGUUGUAACUAAUGGUGGUGUUGACUUUGAAGGCUUUGAUGGGUAUUAAAAAUUCUUUUGAAGAUCCUCAUGGAAUACUUGAUAACUGGGAUGAAAAAUUUAUUGAUCGAUCAAAUUUGGAGUCCCGAUUGCCAAAUGCUAAGUGAUAAGACAAUAUUAGUAGGAGGAGAUGAUGUGUUCAACCUUUUUUCAGUGAAACUGGUGCUAGAAAGCAUGUACCUCGUGCCAUUUUUGUAGAUCUUGAACCUAUUGUCAUUGAUGAAGAAACUUCGUAGAUUCUUUUCAUUGUUCCAUGGUGAUUCCCGCCUCCAUGUAUGCAAGCUCAACGAACAAAACACGAUUUCGUUGUUUACAACUUUUCAGAACUGGUUUAUCCAAAGGAAAAGUUAGUUAUGUUGGGAAGUCUUGUCUCUAAUGUGGUCAUGUUGUCUAUGGGUUUCUUGUGCAGUCUUUCUUGGUGGGAAUAUUAAUGUGUAAAUCAGUGAGUCGAUGACCAUCAUUCUUUGAGUGCAUGUGGUUUUAAAUAUUACCACUUCGCAGUAUUAAGCCUCUUCUUUUUGGUAAAGCAUAAAUUUUAAUCUUUAUCAUUUCUUAUUUGUUGA